ACAACAUCAAGUUAACUGCCUCUGUCAGGUUUUGACAGGUGUUCUCUACAUGUCGCGUCGUCUCAUACGGAACACUACUAUUAUCUUGCUAGGCGCGUCUUCAGUCUAUGCCUAUGCCGAAACUCGCCGUCUGUCGAAGACAUAUCCUUUGCGUCCUGCGACAGGCCCAUAUUACAACCAAACCCUCCUAACGAGCCAGGAGUCGACGCGUUACUUCCCUUCAGAAGGCACGGACAUCCUCGUUGCGAGAGUCUCGAGGCGCGCCCUCGUGUCAGCGGCGCAGAAGCUUGGUUUGAAUGAUGCCACGUCCCUCAAUGCGACCUGGGCGCGGACGUUUCUCGAGGCGCCCAUCAUCAGCCUCGAAGGUCAGGUUAUUGGCGGAAGCAAGGACAGGGGGGACACAGGCGCGUCGGGAUUCCAUCCGGGACAGAGACUUUUAAAUGGGGCGUUCAAGGUGGAGGAACCACCCUCUAGGACGGACCCGCUCGUGGUCUCAUGGAGCAUGCCCGAAGAACCUGUCAGCUUCUUCGAGAAGAUCGCGGCCUGGGGUUACCCGUGGCGGUUGAUGUCGGGCGGGCGGCAUUCGAUCGGGGUUGUGGAGAUACCAGACUCUGACGGGAACGAGGUGGAGGUGAUCUUUGGGUGCGCGCAUGAGUAUGAACGGUGGAAUAGGGCGAAUGGGAAGGAGGACGGUAAGGUCAUUCCUGACUGGACCGGCUGGUGCCAUAGGAUGUACGGGAGGUUGGUUUUGGACGACGCAGUCAGACAGUUAAUGAAAAAUAGUGGAGAUAAUUGAAAGCGAGCGAAUGGUGCAAAGCGGAAUACGUUUAUGAAGAUAUAACAAGACAGGAUUUCUUAACAUACCAAUAACGGCGGCCUCUCCUGGUCAGCCCCGCAUAUUCUGUGUCUUGUUCGUGGACGAGUCUGGCCUCCCUGGCUCCCAUUGGCAGACUCUGCAACCGUAACGUUUCAAAUCGGUGGCGAAUAUAUCCGGUUGUCAGAGAUGAAU